AAUAUGGGACUAACUCAUCGAUACCUGGAAGCCUUCAAAGCUGCGGAUAAGGACAAAAGUGGAACCCUUACUCGCAACGAGUUGAAAAGUGUAUUAACUACAAAAGGGAUUCCCGUUUCUGAAAUUGACAAUCUUAUGAAUCAACUUGAUGUUAACGGAGACGGCAUUAUUUCGCUAGGUGAAUACAAACUUGCAUUAGGAAUAUCCACUCAGCCACUUGAAGCAUGGCGGCAGCUUUUUGAGGAGCUGGACCAGAACAAAUCCGGAUCGAUUGAAGUGGCGGAACUGAAACACUUCCUCGAAGAUGCCAACAUGGAGUCGCUGAUUCCCGUCCUGGAUGAUUGGAUAGCGGAUUACGAUCGUCACCGCUAUCUCAAAGCCUUUAAGAACGCGGAUGCAGACGGUAGUGGUUCGUUGGAUAGGAAGGAAUUGGCGGCUGCAUUAGCUUCUCAGGGAAUACCUGCCACGGAAGUGGAGAAACUAAUGGACUCACUUGACAUCAACGGCGAUGGAAUCAUACAUCUCGGGGAAUACGAAAUAGCUCUCGGCAUCUCCACACAACCCGUCGAAGCGUGGAAGCAACUCUUCGCUGAAUUAGACACCGAUCAUUCAGGUAUUAUCGACUUCAACGAAUUGAGCAAUUACCUCAACAACUCAGGAGGCGCCGAGUAUAUUCCCAUUCUGAGGGAUUGGAUGGAAGAUUAUGACGUUAACAAGGACGGAAAGCUUAGCUACAAGGAAUUUCUAGGAUUUGUCUCCUCUUUAGAAAACUAA